UCGCGCCUGCUGCCGAAGGAGGGCCGUGGGACAGAGCAACCAGCUGCUUUCAGCUGCUCUGCUCGGCAGGAGGAGAAGGAGGGAGAGGAAAAUCCCCAGGACCUGGAUGUAUGGAGGGGUAGCCUUUGCGGAUCCCCGCAUUCCGGGCUUCCCCUGGCCCCUGCCUCCAGGAAACUUGGCCGGCUCCGGCCCCUGUCAUGCAGACCUCCUAGCCCAGAUGUCAUGAUGAGCGAUGGAAGCAGCAAUCCCUCCACGCACUGGAAGCAAAGGCCAGUCGUUACUGCCCCCCAGGACCCAGGAGGCACAGACCCUCGGUCUUGGAAUGGUUGGGAAUGCUCAAUUCCGCAGACCACCCUGGCCCAAGCUGCCGACCAGGGUGAAGAGGCCGUAAUGAGGAGAGGUGCUGCCACCUGCAAAGUACUUCCAAAGAGCUGUAAAGAGGGCCCAGGUACCACCGUGCAGGCCAGGAGGGCCAGGCUCUACCGAUACUGUCCACCCGUUCAGACCAGCAGGAGCUACCCGGCCCCGCUGACCGCUCUGCUUCUCAAGGCAGAGACAUUUGUUUGGGGUAACAAUGCAUCAGCACAUUCCCAGAGUGUUGCCAAGGCAAAAUACGAAUUUUUAUUUGGCAGAUCUGAAGAGAAAACUCCAGAUACUAGUGAUCAUGGAGGAAGCACUUUACUCCCACCAAAUGUCACAAAUGAAUUUCCAGAAUAUGGGACCAUGGAGGAAAGUGGAGAAGGCCUAAGAACUUCUCUUGAGUUUGAUGCAGAGUCUCUGCCGUGCGGCCCACAGGGGCAGGAGGGGGUCCGGCUUCUCGCUAGCCCCCACUCUGGGCUCAACAGUGUUACAGAAGGACCAAAAGAUGUUGGCAAGGCCUCCUCUCACAGUCACCUCAAGGAACAAAGUUUACAACCCAUAGACUCUUUGAUUUCAGCUCUGAAAGCUACAGAAGCCAGAAUAGCUUCAGGAACAUUACAGGCUACAACGGUACUGGACAAAGAUGCUGUUUCUAGUUUUUCAGUUCAGCGGGUGGAAAAAGAGCUGGACGCUGCCAGUCAUCACACACAGAGGGCCAGCAAACUGUUCCCUGCUGGCCACGAACAACCGCCAUAUAUACCUCUUCCAGCUGAAGUUACGACGGAGGACAGUUUUCAUUUGAGCAUCCAGAAGGAUCUGACAGUGCUAUUAACUGGAGAGAAUCAAGCAGAGCCCUCCCACAUAACAGAUCCUGGGAGGAAAGGGGCUUACCGUGUGGAGGAGCCAGCUUGUCCAGCGGUCUCUGCGGGGAGCCCAGCAGUGCCCCACAACUCUGUGGGCCAUGCGGGUGUUUUGAGAGAGUGGAGGUCUGAUCUGGGGAGAGAGCACCCAUGGGGAUGUGAUCGAGGCAGCUCCACAGGCCGCCCAGGCCGGGUCAAACACGUGGAAUUUGAAGGGGUAGAAGUACUGUGGACAGGAGGGGAGAAAAGAGAGGUACGGCAGCCUGUGGAGUUGGAGACAAAAUCUACCUCUCCUGAAAGCAAGGGGUUUUCCAAAGUGCCAAGCCAUGUCAUCCCGUCUUCUGGUUUGUGUAAUUCAGCUGGUUUCCCGUCAGGGAGGCCUGACCUGAGCUCGGGGACAUUUUCCCCUGUGCCUCUGGUUGAGAGUGGAGAGGAUGAAGUCUUCCUAAAGGACAGCAAAGAACAUCUUGAGAAGAAACCUGACCUGGAGAGAGACAAGGAGAGGCUUCUGGAGCAAGAGGAGCUCCUUACAGGAGGAGAGGAUGACGUCCUGGGGCCUGGGUACACGGAAGACUCCACCGAUGUGUACAGCUCCCAAUUUGAAACCAUUUUGGACAACACUUCUCUAUACUACAGUGCUGAGUCCUUGGAGACAUUAUACUCAGAGCCUGAUAGCUAUUUUAGCUUUGAAAUGCCCCUCACUCCAAUGAUACAGCAGCGCAUUAAAGAAGGCAGUCAGUUCCUGGAGAGAACGUCAGUGGGAGGACAGCAGGACAUCCUGAGCGUCUCGGCAGAUGGCGGAAUAGUGAUGGGCUAUUCUGGUGGGAUCGCCAACGGGCUCAGUGAUGCUGGGGACUCCAUCCACGUGAAAGGCGCCCCAGAAAUUGCCUUGUGGGGAAGUUCUCGCAGCCAUGCUGGGGUGAAAACAGCUCUGCUGGAGGUUCAUUCUGAAAUGGGGAACACUGAAAUUCUGGAAAGGGAGCCCUCAGAAAAUCUCAGUAAUGGCACCAGCAGCAACGUAGAAGCUGCCAAAAGGCUGGCCAAACGCCUUUAUCAGCUGGACAGAUUCAAAAGAUCAGAUGUCGCAAAGCACCUAGGCAAGAACAAUGAAUUUAGCAAACUAGUUGCAGAAGAGUAUCUGAAGUUUUUUGAUUUUACAGGAAUGACGCUGGAUCAGUCUCUCAGGUAUUUCUUUAAAGCAUUUUCUCUUGUGGGAGAAACUCAAGAACGAGAGAGAGUUUUAAUACACUUCUCCAAUAGAUAUUUCCAUUGUAACCCGGAUACCAUUGCUACACAAGACGGAGUCCAUUGCCUCACCUGUGCAAUGAUGCUGCUUAACACAGAUCUCCAUGGCCAUAAUAUUGGAAAGAAGAUGACAUGCCAGGAGUUCAUUGCAAACCUCCAAGGUGUCAAUGAGGGUGGUGAUUUCCCCAAGGAUCUACUGAAAGCUCUAUACAACUCAAUCAAGAAUGAGAAGCUUGAAUGGGCCGCAGAUGAUGAAGAGAAAAAAAAAUCUCCAUCAGAAGGUACUGAUGAAAAGGCUAAUGGAACACAUCCAAAGACCCUCAGUCGUAUUGGGAGUACUACCAACCCGUUCUUGGACAUUCCUCAUGACCCAAAUGCUGCCGUGUACAAAAGUGGAUUCUUGGCUCGGAAAAUUCACGCAGAUAUGGAUGGAAAGAAGACCCCAAGAGGAAAGCGAGGAUGGAAAACGUUUUAUGCUGUGCUAAAGGGAACAGUUCUUUACUUGCAAAAGGACGAAUAUAAGCCAGAGAAGUCGCUGUCUGAAGAGGAUUUGAAAAACGCAGUGAGCGUGCACCAUGCACUGGCAUCCAAGGCCACAGACUACGAGAAGAAACCAAACGUGCUUAAGCUGAAAACCGCCGACUGGAGGGUCUUGCUUUUCCAAGCCCAGAGUCCGGAGGAGAUGCAAGGGUGGAUAAACAAGAUUAACUGCGUUGCAGCUGUGUUUUCUGCACCACCGUUUCCAGCAGCCAUUGGGUCUCAGAAGAAGUUUAGUCGCCCACUUCUGCCUGCCACCACCACAAAACUGUCUCAGGAGGAACAGCUGAAAUCUCACGAAAGCAAGCUGAAGCAGAUUACCACGGAGCUGGCUGAGCACCGCUCAUAUCCCCCAGACAAGAAAGUGAAGGCCAAGGAGAUAGAUGAGUACAAACUGAAAGAUCACUAUCUGGAGUUUGAGCAAACCCGUUAUGAAACUUACGUCAGCAUUCUAAAAGAAGGAGGCAAGAAGCUCCUGAGCAACAACGAAAGUGAGGCCGCGGGACUGAAGAAGUCGCAUUCGAGUCCCUCGCUGAACCCAGAUUCAUCUCCGGUCACUGCCAAAGUCAAGCGCAACGUGUCAGAGAGGAAAGAUCACCGACCUGAAACACCCAGCAUUAAGCAAAAAGUUACUUAGAAUCCAUCUGCGACCAGGAAAGUGCUGGUCAUGGAGCAAAAUAGAGUUUUUCAAGAUCUUUCUGGUAAAUCCGUGAAUAUUUAAAAAAAAAAAAAGUCUGUGACUAAAUGGUGCAUUAGUAACCUUUUCUAUUGUAUAUUUUUUGUUAGUUUCUGUACAGAUUGUCUCUUUGCUCUUGAUUUCUUUGCUUUGAUGGUUUUUGCUACUUGAUAACUAAUGCACCUUUGGGAGGGGGAAGGGAUCAUGAUUUCAGAGUGAGUUAUGCAUCCUUCUCCUUUGGUUUUCUCUUGUUUGCACUCUGCUCAGUUGUUAUGUAUUCUCAAACCAACUGUUACAUUUUUUUUUUUAAGGUUAAAAAAUUUAAUCCAUUGUGAAAAACUUAACUGGACGAAACUUUGUAGCUUCGUAAAUUCUAGCCAGAGUUAAUAUAAACCUUUCUAUGUGAGAUCUUGCCCGGUCACAGAGGUGGAAUUGAGCACUCACAGAAGGGCAGUUCCGAAUCGCAGUCCUGGGACUCAGGAUGCUCCACAGCGGCCGUGCAGCUGUGCGCACGUCUCAGUAGCAGCUGCUGUUGAGUCCUGGCCCUACUGGGAGCAGGGAGGUGGGGUGCAAGGACCGCAGGACUGGAGAC